GGUCCUGGUCCUCCCCGUUCUUUACUUCCUGACAGGAAAAAAAGGGGGGACCUUCUCCUUCGCUUGGGACCCCAUUUUUUUCUCCCUCACACUUGCUUUUUUUUUGAGGGGGAAGAACGCCCCCAUCUGUUUCUCUCGCUCUGCCCCCCUUUUUAAGGAUAGAUUGCUCCCCUUUUCUUUAUCUUCUCUGACAGGAAAAAAGGGGGAACCCUCCUCUCUUUCACUUAAACUGGGACCCCCUUUUUUCUCCCUCACACUUGCUUUUCUGAGGGAAGAAACCCCCCCAUCUGUUUCUCUCGCUCUUCCCCCCCUUUUUAGGAUAGAUUGCUCCCCUUUUCUUUAUCUUCUCUGACAGGAAAAAAAGUGGGGACACCCUCCUUCUCCUUCGCUUCAGACCCCCCUUUUUUCUCCCUCACACUUGCUUUUCUGAGGGAAGAACCUCCUCAUCUCUGUUUCUCUUGCUCUUCCCCCCUUUUUAAGAUAUUUUGCACCCCUUCUCUGACAGGAAAAAAGGGGGGACCCUUCUCUCUUUCACUUAACCCAGGACCCCCUUUUUCUCCCUCACACCUGCUUUUCUGAGGGAAGAACCUCAUCUGUUUCUCUCGCUUUCCCCUCCUUUUAAAGGAUAGUUUGCUCCCUUUUUCUUUUUCUUCUCUGACAGGAAAAAAGGGGACCUUUUCCUUCGCUUGGGAUCCCCUUUUUUUCUUUCCUCACACUUGCUCUUCUGAGGGAAGAACCCCCCAUCUGUUUCUCUUGCUCUUUCCCCCUUUUUAGGAUAUUUUGCACCCAUUUUCUUUAUCUUCUCUGACAGGAAAAGGGGGGGACCCCUUCUCUCUUUCACUUAACCUGGGACCCCCUUUUUCCCUCACACUUGCUUUUUUUUUAGGGGGAAGACCCCCAUCUCUGUUCCUUUCCCUCUUCCCCCCUUUUUAGGACAGUUUGCAUCUCUUUUCUUUAUCUUCUCUGACAGGAAAAAGGGGGGACCCCUUCUCUCUUUUAACCUGGGACCCCCUUUUUUCUUCCUCGCUAUUUUUUAGGGGGAAGAAGACCCCCAUCUGUGUCUCUUGUUCUCCCCAUAUCUUAGGAGAUUUUUCACUCUUUUUCUUUAUCUUCUCUGUUCUCACCCCCCUCUGUCUCCUUCACAACGUGGGCCCCCUUUUUUUCCCCUCACACUUGCUCUUUUUUUUUGGGGGGAGACCCCCCUCUGUCUGGCUCACCCCCUUCAUUAAGGAUGGUUUGCACCCCUUCUUUAUCCCUUUUUCAUCUCCUUCGUUCUUCACUUCCAUUAAGCCCUUUAAAUACCCCCUCCCUGCUCAAGAGGACUUGAAUUUUCCUUACCCUUUACUCCUCUUUUUUUACGCUUGGUUUUUAAACUGUGGGGUCAGAGGGACCCAUUUCUCCCUCCUCUACCUUCCAGUUUUAGGGCUUAGAGGCCCAACUAGAGACGUUUUCAUAACUCUCCACCCCAUCUUCUUCUAUAGGGCAGGUGUUCAUACUCUUUAAGGAUUUACCUGUUUGCAUCUUCUCUGUUCAACCAGCGGACAGGUCUUAUUCUCUAGUCCAGGCAUUUUUCUUUUCCCAGCUAUUUCCUCCUCCCCUCUUUUCUUAACCGUUCUCUUCUUUAUCCUUGAAUACUGUGUCAGGUAACUUAGCCCUUUCUCCCUUUUUCUGUCGUUCUCCUUUUUCUUAAAGGGCUGAGACUAGGACAGUUGGGGUUUUGCCCACCACCACCGUUGAUGGUACGCCAUUUCCCUUCACAAGAUAAUUUUGGUGCUCUUGAGUGUCCCAGCAUUAGAGAUCCCCCUUCCUCCGUUUUGCCAGGAGUAAUUCCUCCCCCCCCCAAAAAAACACUGCCUUCCAGGAAUUGCCCCCCUCAAAAUCCAUUUGGCUACCCUUGAACGGGGAUGAGGCCAGCUUGGUUGCCCCACCUGGAUUGCUUCUGGCUGUUGUCUGAAAAUCUUCCUCCUGGAAAUUGCAUUUGGACUACACAACCCCUUCUGGCCAGAGGUUUUGAGGAUCCUGCGUCAGGUGAUAUCUGUCUCCAUGGGAUAAAUAAAUAGGUCAGGGGUCCCUUGAAUCCACCUGCUAGUGCCCACGAGCUGGGCUUUUGAGACCCUGAAUGUUGAUGGCCCUGAAUGUUUUUCUUUCUCCUCCAAAAUGACUCCCAGGUUGACUCCUGAUUUCGCUUUCUCUGGUGGGUCAGAGAUGUGGCAGUGGUCCCAGGGAGAGGAGACUUGGCUAUGAGUCAGGCUGAGUUUGGGUGAAAAUUGUGAAUUCCACUGGAGCCUUACUGACAGCUACCAAGUCCUGGUAGGAAGCCUCAGAAAUCUUGAACUGUUUAUGGCCUUUGCUUACACGGACAAGUUUUGUUUUCGUUUUUUUUUCAGUGGAGAGAAUGACUCUGUCGUACACCUUUGACUCACCUUUGAAUGAUACUUGAAGCCAAAUGCUUGCCAUUUUGGCCAUGUGACCAGGGAAUGCUAUGCAAAAGAAAACAGAAAGAGUUUGGAUCUUGGUUUGUAGGAAGGAGACGGCCUGUCAUGGCCUCUUAGUAACUUUUACGUGAAUGGUUUCUAGGUGUAACUAGUUCCCUCUUGCAAAGUGGUCCUUGUUCAGCCCUUGGAAGAUCAGGGGCAAAAACAUUUUAAACUUAAAAAUAUAUAUAUUUGGGGGGUGGGGUGGGGUCUCUGCAGCUGCUAAGGGGGACUUCUAACGAAGUCUGCUGCCAAAUGAACUUUCUUGCGGAAAAAGCCCUGCGCCUCUGGAUUUGAACCGUGUGCCUUCAAGGGAGCUGGCAUCUGGAAGCACAGAACUCGGCUGUACACCUCUCGUGGAUCGCGGUGCCAAUCUGGAAGGUCGGCCUUUUCUCACGUGGGAAAAGCCUGCCUUUCCAUACUUUAUGGGUCAGCAGCCUGGAAAAGUGCUUGGAGACCAACGAAGACCGAGUCUGCCUGCCCUGCCCUUUAUCAAAGGAGCAGGAAAGAAGGAAACCUCGAGGCAUGGGGGAGCCCCCUGCAAUGUCUUCUUGGAACAUGAAGCGCUUCAGAGGCCGGUAGUCUCCGAAUUUGAGCCCCAGGGGCUGAGCGAAGCUACCCGGUGGAACUCCAAGGAGAAUCUCCUUUCUGGUCCCAGUGAAAAUGACCCCAAUCUUUUUGUGGCCCUCUACGAUUUUGUAGCGAGCGGCGACAACACCCUCAGCAUAACCAAAGGUGAAAAGCUUCGUGUCUUGGGAUACAACCAUAAUGGAGAAUGGUGCGAAGCCCAAACCAAGAAUGGGCAGGGCUGGGUCCCGAGCAACUACAUCACCCCUGUUAACAGCUUGGAGAAGCACUCCUGGUACCAUGGGCCGGUGUCACGGAAUGCUGCCGAGUACCUGCUCAGCAGUGGCAUCAAUGGCAGCUUUCUGGUGCGCGAGAGUGAGAGCAGUCCAGGGCAGAGGUCCAUAUCGUUGAGAUACGAGGGAAGGGUUUACCACUACAGGAUAAACACUGCAUCGGAUGGGAAGCUGUACGUCUCUUCGGAGAGCCGCUUCAACACUUUAGCGGAGCUGGUCCACCACCACUCCACCGUCGCGGACGGCUUGAUCACCACUCUCCACUACCCGGCUCCAAAGAGGAACAAGCCCACCAUCUACGGUGUGUCUCCAAACUAUGACAAAUGGGAGAUCGAGCGGACGGACAUCACAAUGAAACACAAGCUGGGAGGGGGACAGUACGGGGAGGUGUACGAAGGCGUCUGGAAGAAGUAUAACCUCACCGUGGCCGUGAAAACGCUGAAGGAGGACACGAUGGAGGUGGAGGAAUUUUUGAAAGAGGCAGCAGUAAUGAAGGAGAUCAAGCAUCCGAACUUGGUGCAAUUACUGGGUGUCUGUACACGGGAACCUCCAUUUUAUAUCAUCACUGAGUUCAUGACAUAUGGAAACCUCUUGGACUACCUGCGGGACUGCAACCGGCAGGAGGUCAAUGCCGUCGUCCUUCUGUACAUGGCGACCCAGAUCUCCUCUGCCAUGGAGUACCUGGAGAAGAAGAAUUUCAUCCACAGGGAUCUUGCUGCCCGAAACUGCCUUGUCGGGGAGAACCAUCUGGUCAAGGUGGCCGACUUCGGACUGAGCAGGCUGAUGACGGGCGAUACCUACACAGCCCACGCUGGAGCCAAGUUCCCCAUCAAAUGGACAGCACCAGAAAGCCUUGCGUACAACAAGUUCUCCAUCAAGUCGGAUGUCUGGGCCUUCGGUGUCCUCCUUUGGGAAAUCGCAACGUACGGCAUGUCCCCUUACCCUGGGAUCGACCUUUCACAAGUCUACGAACUCCUGGAGAAGGACUAUCGCAUGGAACGCCCGGAAGGCUGCCCAGAGAAAGUUUACGAGCUCAUGAGAGCCUGCUGGCAGUGGAGCCCUUCCGAUAGGCCUUCCUUCGCUGAAAUCCACCAAGCGUUUGAAACGAUGUUCCAAGAAUCCAGCAUCUCUGACGAGGUGGAAAAAGAACUGGGGAAAAAAGGGAUGCGGAGCGUCGUGAACACCUUCCUGCAGGCUCCGGAACUCCCCACGAAAACAAGAACAUCCAGGAGAGCGGCUGAAUGCAAAGACGUCCACGAGAGUUUGGAGACGGCGGCCGGGAAAGGCCCAGGGGAAUGUGAGUCCACCGAGCACGAGCCAGCUGUUUCUCCCUUGCUGCCGAGGAAGGAAAGGGUAGCCACCGACAGCGGCUUGAACGAAGACGAUCGCCUGCUCCUGAAAGACAAAAAGCCGAAUCUUUUCAGUGCCCUGAUCAAGAAGAAGAAGAAAAUGGCCCCCACCCCACCCAAACGCAGCAGCUCCUUCCGGGAAGUGGACAGUCAUUCCGAGCGCAAGGGAGGGCCCCCCGAGGAGGAAACAAAAGGGGGCGUCGCUGGCGUCACGAUCACACACCCUGCGGACUGCGAAGACCGGGCCAGGCUCCAGAAUCCCAGCAAUGAGACGGGUGUAGCCAACGGGACAGUGGCAGGGAAUUCGGGCAUCCUGUCCCCCCACAUCUGGAAGAAAACUGGCCCUCCAGUCAGUAGCCGGAUGGAAGCCAGUGAAGAAGAAGGCAAUUCCAGCUCCUCCAGUAAGCGCUUCCUGCGGUCGUGCUCGGCCUCUUGUAUGCCUCACGGGGCCAAGGACACGGAGUGGAAAUCGGUGACCCUCCCUCGGAACCUCCAGUCCGCAGGGCGCCAGUUCGAUUCCUCCACGUUUGGCGGACACAGAAGCGAAAAGCCCGCUCUGCCCAGGAAGCGGGCCAACGAGGCCAAGGCCGACCCGGUCGUCAGGGGGACGGUGACUCCGCCACCGCGUCUGCUCAAGAAGAGCGACGAGACACCCGAGGAGGCGUUCAAGGACACCGAACCUAGCCCAGGCUCCAGCCCGCCCACCCUGACGCCAAGACUCGGCCGGAGGCAGCCCUUCGUCUCUCCCGCUGUCGGCCUCUGCCACAAAGAGGAAUCCGUGAAACCCAGUGCCUUAGGAGGUGGGGUGGCCGCAGAACAGGGACCGCCCACCAAAGCUGGCGUUGGCAUGUUCACGGGAGGCGGGAAGGCUUCGGGCGAAGAGCCACGCCUGAGGAAGAACAAGCAAACGUCGGAGAAGGAGAAAGGCAAACUCUCCAAGCUGAAGCCAGCCCCCCCACCUCCACUGGCCUUGACCUCUUCCGUCAGUAAAAACAGCAAAGGGGGCGCUGCUCCCAUCCACGAUGGGCCCGAGGGGUCCACAGGAAAGGGAAAGCAGCCGGCUCAGGCUACAGACUCGGCCAGCGUCGAGACCCCCAAGCCCGUCCUCUUAAUGGAUGGAGGGAAAAAGCCAACCCUCUCUUCUGCGCCAAAGCCCCUACCCUCUGCAAAACUGCUGUCCUCGUCUCCUGCCUCCCCCUUUUCUGCCCCUGCCGCCUCGUCCGCCCCAAAUGUGGACCAGCCGGUCUCCACGGCCUUCAUCCCCCUCAUUUCCACCCGCGUCUCCCUCCGGAAGACCCGCCAGCCCCCCGAGAAGAUCGCCAGCGGCAUGGUCACCAAGGGGACGGUCCUGGAGAGUUCCGAGGCCCUGCGGACGGCCAUCAGCAAGAACUCGGAGCAAAUGGCCAGCCACAGCGCCGUCCUGGAAGCCGGCAAGAAUCUCUACACCUUCUGCGUCAGCUAUGUGGACUCCAUCCAACAGAUGCGGAACAAAUUUGCCUUCCGGGAGGCCAUCAACAAACUGGAGAACAACCUCCGAGAACUCCAGAUUUGCCCGGCCACGGCCGCCGGUGGCCCUGCCGCCACCCAAGACUUUAGCAAGCUGCUCAGUUCUGUGAAAGAGAUCAGCGACAUCGUCCAGAGGUAGCAGAAGCCGCCCGAGGUCUGGAACCAGCAGACGGUGGGCCUUGUGGCCGCAGGGUUCGUCACGGAUGCGGGACUCGAGGUCAGCUGGAGACAUUUCAGUGCCCGAGGCAUGGAAGCAAACACGGACCCCCCCCUGUCUCGGGUUCGGCUUGCCACAAUUUGGAAAAGUUUCCAGUUGCCGGUACCUUGGCCGUGUCAUCUGAGGGGGGGGUGUCAUUCCCGAAAAAAGUGACUUCUCGAAGCCGUGUGUCCUGCUGGGACCUUGUGCCAUUGCAGAUCCCGUUGAAAUAAACAGGAGCCGCGUUGA